AUCAUAAGCAACUCUUGACAGCUCAUACGACUAUUGUGAACAGAGUGGCAACUCUACUCUGACAUCUGCUACAUAGCCUUCUUUUUUAAUAUCCGGUUCACGCAAUUGUUGCUGAUCAUCCGUUAAUUGCUCCACAAUGGCACCCAGGAAGGCUAAAGUUCAGAAGGAGGAAGUUCAAGUGUCGCUUGGCCCACAGGUCCGCGAUGGCGAGAAUGUUUUUGGCGUUGCCCAUAUUUAUGCCAGUUUCAACGACACAUUUGUGCACGUUACCGAUCUGUCCGGUCGCGAAACAAUCGCACGUGUCACCGGCGGCAUGAAGGUCAAGGCUGAUCGUGAUGAGGCUUCCCCCUACGCCGCCAUGUUGGCAGCUCAGGAUGUCGCUGAGAGGUGCAAGGUGCUCGGCAUUACUGCAUUGCACAUCAAAUUGCGUGCUACGGGCGGCAACAAGACCAAGACACCCGGACCCGGUGCCCAAUCAGCUCUGCGUGCUCUCGCUCGCUCUUCGAUGAAAAUCGGUCGCAUUGAGGAUGUCACACCCAUUCCAUCCGAUUCCACACGCAGGAAGGGCGGUCGUCGUGGUCGCCGUCUGUAAAGUGUCUGCAUACAGAGCAUAACAUUUUCUGCAUUUUCUUUUCACCUCCAUGUAUUUUUUUUGAUGAUGAAUACAUUGUAAUAAAUCAGAAAACAUGAAUGUAAAUGCAAAAGUUAUAAACGUUAAAGAAAA